ACUAUGGACAUGUUCAGAAACAUACUCUGGAAGAGAAAAUAUUCAAAUCUUGCGUUCAGAUAUAUCCUCUGGUCGAACUCAAGGUGCGAUUUAACAUUACAAAGGUACUAGUUACACCUGGAUAGGUAAUUCUUUACCUCCAGAGUAUAUUUCUGAACACGCCCUAUGUGUGUCAUCGACUUUUGAAAAAAGCCAAUGGCAUUUCAAUAGUCACUUUAACUUUAAUUUUACGGACAUUUAAGGAAUCGCCUUAAGUAUUUACAUGAAAUAUUUUAUAUCCAUUCAAUAUUAUUAAAAUUUUACCUUUAAAAAAAAUUGUGAUUCCGCUAUAAAUUAUUUACAAAGUUUUAAUAUAAAAUUAUUUACAAAAUUUGUAAUUAAUUUGAUAAAUAUGACGAGUUCAGUGACCACAAAUCCAUCAACUUUACUGCCAUUAGAAUUGGUCGAUAAAUGUAUCGGUUCAAGAAUUCAUAUAAUUAUGAAAAAUGAUAAAGAAAUUGUCGGCACUUUACAAGGCUUUGAUGAUUUUGUCAAUAUGCUUCUAGAAGAUGUUACAGAAAGUGAAGCAACCCCAGAAGGUCGUAGAGUAACAAAACUUGAUCAAAUUCUCCUCAAUGGAAGCAAUAUUACAAUGUUAGUCCCUGGAGGAGAAAUGCCAGAAACAUAAAAAAAAACAUUCCUGUUCACUAUAAACAGCAUGUAAGACUUAAAUAAUUAUUUUAAACAAUAAACUAAAUUUUUCUCAAUAAA